AUGACGACGUUGUUGUGGGAAUUGAUCGUGAAGUGCGACGAUAUUUGUUUGACUCAUAUUUUACCGAGAUUGAAUCAAACUGAUAUCAAAUUCUUGUACGAGGUGAAUAGUGAGACGAGAAAGUUGGUGAAGAGAUCAUCUCGCGCGGGUGAUUUGAAAAAGAAGUUUAAUAUUGAUGAGAUGUCGUCGAUAUCGACUUUGGAAGUUGCGCGGGAGAAUAAAUCGUCGUGGACGAGUUGGUGGUACGAAUCAUAUUUCUGCUGGAGAGUUGCUCUAACGAAUAAACUCGAGUUGCUCACGUGGGCGCGAGAGGAGAAAAAGUGUAAGUGGGAUUACAGGACGAUUUGUGCGGCCGCAGAACAAGGUAAUCUGGAAAUGGUAAAGUAUUGCGUUGCAAAGAAGUGUCCUAUCAAUGUGUUUGCGUGUGCAAGUGCUGCCUUACACGGUCAUCUCGAGGUACUCAAAUACUUACGGGAAGAAGCGAAAGCGACUUGGGAUUCGAGAACUGCCGAUAGGGCGGCUGAAAACGGUCAUCUUCACAUACUCGAAUAUCUUGUUGAGCGUAAGUAUGAUAAAUAUGACGAAGAUGCGUGUGAGUACGCGGCCAAGAACGGCCACUUAGACUGUUUGAAGUACUUACACGAAACCGUCAAAGCGCCUUGGAAUUCGUAUACUGCCAAUGGGGCGGCUUUAAGUGGUCAUCUUCACAUACUCGAAUAUCUUGUUGAACGUAAGUAUGAUAAAUAUGACGAAUGUGCGUGUUGGUAUGCAGCCAGAAAAGGCCACUUAGACUGUUUGAAGUACUUGCACGAAACCGCCAAAGCGCCUUGGGACUCUCGCGCCGUACGCUACGCGCACGAGAACAACCACCCCGAGUGUUUACAAUACCUCCUCGACAACGACUGCCCUUUACCGCACGGUUGGCGAUACGAACAUGGAGAGCUGCACACAUCGUAA